CUCCUUUAGUACAGAAUUACAAGCCUUUUUUAAUUUACAUUAUAAAAGAGAUUGUUCUUCUGCUUUGAACUGUUUGACUUGUUGUAAAAUAUGUUUUAUUGAAUGAACAUUCAAACUGGUUGGCAUUCACUUUAUCAACUUUUUCCUAUCUAUGGUUGUAAUUAGAAAAAUAUUGAGUACCUUUGUCUAUUAUGCUUGUCUUAAUGAGUGAUGAAAGAUAAGAAAACAAUUCUAAAGAUGUGGUUAAAAAAGACUGGAUUACAAAUGGAUUUCACCAUAUUUCUACCAGUUUUUUCUAUUGAAAUAGAAUAUUUUACUUUUCCUGCUGCCUACAAUAGUGAUAUUAGAUGGAUAAAAAGUUUGGAAUAUAUAUAUUAUUUUAGCAUAUGCAAUAUUCUUUUAAGACAAUAAAAGGAUUCAACAUAUAAUUAAUAUAUCUAUUAAACAUUUUUUUACACAGAUAUACUCCUUAGGGGACCGACAGAAAACGUCACCAAAUGAUAUUUGAAAGCAACAUUUUGGAUUGAAAAAUGAUUGGGAGUGAAGUAGCGAUUGGUUUGCAGCUAAGGAGAUUCCAUCUAAGGGUUAAGAGUAAGGAUACGACAGAAAAUGUCCACAAAUCAGUGCUUUUACCCUAACCCUAACCUAGCCCUUAGCUGUACCUAACCUUUUCCAUUAGCCCUAACCCUUAGAGGAGACCCUCCUAACUACAAAUCAGUUGCUGUCUUCUUUUGCCUAACCAUUUCUCAAUCCAAAUUUUUGUCUUGAAAUUUCUCAUUUGUCGACGUUUUCUGUCGACCCCAAGAGUAAUCAUAAAGGUUAGGGAGAGUCAAAGGCUAGGUUAGGGUUUUGCCAACGCUUUCUGUCGCAUCCAAAAAAUUUAAUAAGCAAAAAAAUGGUUUAUUCUCUUUCUGUAUGCAUAGAACUUCGUAGGCUUGUUUAAGUAUUCAGAUUUCUCAAUUUGAAAUCACUUUUUUCUAUUCUGUAGAGGGCUUUUGUCCAAUUUGCUUGAAAUUUGUCCAAUGCAAAUUUUGGUCUGUUGCUAUGACAAAGAAUCAUGUCCAGACAUGACAUUCCAGACCUUACAAAAGAAGAAAUAUAAAGUAAGCUGAAAUGCCUUGUGCAGAAAAUUUUGCAAUAUGGUUUAUAUUAAACCUAAGAAGCUUAUAAAUUAUUUUGUAUUGUUAUUUUGUUAUAGACUUGAAUGCAAACAAUUUAGAGUUUAGGAAUAACAAUGGUGCUACUCUAGGGCAUCAAAACCCUAACACCAAAAUCUAACCUAGAACUUUUCUAUCCAAAAUCUAGAUUUGAAAUUUCUCUUUUAUUGAUCUGUCCUUUAAUAAGGACACUCAAUUCAUACAUAUUCAUUCUUCUACCAUUGUUAUUCCUAAACUCCUCCCAGUCUUGAUAUUAGGAUUAAGAGAGAACCAAUAAAAAAGAACACAAUUAUAUACUAUCACAUGAUCAGUUUUUCUUUGUGUAAAUGGUAAAUAUUUUGUUUUAAAUAAAUGUCACAUUGUUCAUUUGCUGUUGAAUUCAAUGGAGUAUGUAUAUGUGGGAGAUGCAGUCCUGAUAGUUUAGGUAAACAUUACCUCAAACAUCCGGUUACUGUAGGAUGUAUGGAAAUUACAGAUAUACCAGAUUGUAAUGAAUACACACUAAAAUUAGCAGAAGGAGAAUAUAUUUCAGUAUGUAAGGAAUGCAGUAAUGGUAAAAUAGUUUCUAAAGAUGGUCAAUCGUGCCUUUCUUGUGGACAAUGUGACAAUGGAAUACAUAAACUAAAUUCUGAAGGAGAUAUAUGUGAAUGCACAUGUUUAAAUAAGGAUGUAUUGAACCCUAAUUCAAAUGGCUGUCUUGAUUGUUCUUUAGCUCAAAUUCCAGAAUGUAAAACCUUUGAGUUCUUUGAUGGUGGCUGUCUCUGUGUAGAAUGUUUACCUCCUUAUGAACGGACAAGCUAUAUUCAAUGUAUUAAUUGUCAAAAUGAAAUAACAUGUACUGGUGGAACAGCAGUAUUGAAUUCAGGAAAUGAAUGUGAAUGCACAUGUUCAAAUAACACCUUAUUGAACUCUAAUUCAAAUGGCUGUGUUAUUUGUUCUUUAGAUCAAAUUCCAAACUGUAAAAUUUUCAAGUUGGUCAAUGAUGUUUGUACAUGUUCAGAAUGUUUAGCUAAUUAUCAGCCACAGGGAAAAACACAGUGCAUAAUUAAUACAAAUGGUGGGGGUGAAGCCAUUGCUAAUUGUAAAGAAUACAAUAGCCCAACUGGGUCAACAACUGCUUCAGAAUGUAUAGAAUGCAAUUCUGGUUGGGCUCUUGAGCCUGCUUCCCCCUCAUCAGCAUCAAAAUGUCAUCAAUGCCAGACUGGAUGUAAAUCAUGUACUCUUGAUGUAACUUCAUCACCAUCCACAGUUAAUAAGUGCACUGAAUGUUCAUCAAGGUAUGCUCUUAAUAAUGCUGGAACAUGUAUACAAUGUCCAUACAAUUGUGGUGAAUGCAGAGUUGAUCCUGAAAAUCAAAAUAAUGCUAUAUGCCUCUCUUUGGGAUGCAGUUCAGGGGCUUUGAAAGAUUCUGAUUUCAGCUGUGAUUCCUGUUCUAUUGCCAAUUGUGAAAUAUGUGUACAACAAAUUAUAGGAAUAUUCAAAUGUUUGAAAUGCAAUCGAGGUUAUUAUAAAGAUAACAGUGGAAACUGUCUUGCAUGUGUUGCAAACUGUCCUGUUUGUUUAAAUGAUCAAUAUUGUAUAUCUGAUGGUUGCAAAGAAUGCUUCAUUAGACACAGAACUGAGGGAACUUGUCUGCCUUGCCCUGGAGAUGGAGUAGCAAGAUAUUCAUAUCAAACACCUUCAUCCAAUGUACUUAUACCACAAAUAUGUAAAAUUGGUUACAGAAUAAACAAAUCCACUAAUCCUGGUUUCUGUGAAAGAUGUGAUCCAAAUUGUAAAAAAUGUAGUGUUAAUGGAAUUGCUAAAUGUGAUGAUCAACAAUGUAAUUCUGGUUAUUUCUAUGAUCCAAUUGAAUAGAAAGACUGUUUGCAAUUCAUGUACUGCUGGUUAUUCUUUAAGCGAUGAUGGAGAAGAGUGCAUAGCAUGUUCAAUAACUAAAUGCUCCAUGUGCAUUAAUGGACGUAUUUGCACUGAAUGUAAAACUGAUUUCCACUUGAUGAAUUAUAAUAGGGAAUGUGCUCAAAAAUGCUAUGAAUGUAAAGGAAAUCAAACUGAUUGUGGAGAUGAAAUUUCCAGUACCAACAAUAAUACAGAUAAAAUGAGAAUUACUAGUUAUUCCAUUGGAGAUUGUUGGGCAUAUAGAAUUGAAACCUCAAAUAAAUUAUAAUAUGCCAGAGGCUGUUCAAAUGAAACUUGCACUUCAGAAACAAUAAAUGAAAAUUGUAAGACUGCAGAUGGAAAGACAGAGUGCGUAAAAUGCUGUAAAGGAGACAAAUGCAAUGCUUGGGAAUUGGAUGGCAAGACAGGAGUUGGAAAAACUACCUAUAAAUUUCAAUUAAUUGCUAUUUCUAUUAUUUUUGUAUUAUUUUUUCGAGAAUGUAAAUUCUGAAUGAACCUAUUAAUAAACUUUCCUUAGCA